AUGCCUCUUCCCACCCGCCAGCUAGGCACCAACGGCCCGCAGGUGACGGCCGUUGGCAUCGGCCUGAUGGGCCUGUCGGUGUUUUACGGCACGCGGCCCUCGGACGAGGAGCGGCUGGCCUUCUUGGACCACGUGUACGCGUCGGGCAACCGGUUCUGGGACACGGCCGACAUGUACGGCGACAACGAGGCGCUGCUGGGCCGGUGGUUCGCGGCGCACCCGGGCCGGCGGGACGAGAUUUUCCUGGCGACCAAGUUUGCCAACGCGACGGACGGCAGCGGCGUCAUCCGCUCGGACCCGGCGUACGUGCACGAGGCCAGCGCGCGCAGCCUGCGCCUGCUGGGCGUCGACGCCAUCGACCUCUACUACGUGCACCGCGUCGACGGCACGACGCCCAUCGAGGACACCAUGGCGGCGCUCGUGGCGCUCAAGAACGAGGGCGUCAUCCGGCACAUUGGCCUCUCGGAGGUGUCGGCCGACACCAUCCGGCGCGCCCACGCCGUGCACCCCGUGGCGGCCGUGCAGGUCGAGUACAGCCCCUUCAGCCUCGACAUUGAGAGCCCGCAGAUUGCCGUGCUGCAGACGUGCCGCCAGCUCGGCGUCGCCGUCGUCGCCUACGCGCCGCUCGGCCGCGGCAUGCUGACGGGCCAGCUGCGCAGCGUCGACCAGAUCCAGCCGGGCGACUUUCGGUCGCUGGCGCCGCGCUUCUCCGCCGAGAACUUCCCCAAGAACCUGCGGCUCGUCGACGACCUGGCGGCGCUGGCCGCCAAAAAGGGCGUCACGAGCGGGCAGCUGUCGCUGGCGUGGCUGCUGCGGCAGUGGGACAUGGUGAUUCCGAUCCCCGGCACGAAAAAGACGGCGUACUACGACGAGAACAUGGGCGCGCUGGACGUGACGCUGACGGACGAGGAGGACGCUGCGAUUCGCAAGGCGAUCGAGGCGACCGAAGUCGUGGGCCAGCGCUACGCAGCGUCGUAUGUUCACAAUCUGUUUCGGGACACGCCGAAGAAGGCCCAGUGGUGCGCGAUUGGCCAGCGCUGUGGACCUCAUCCCACCUUGGGCGCUGUCACCGACCCGACGUCAACAGAGGCAUCCACGAGGGAGGCGGCAAGCAAGACGGCAAACGAGAGAUGCACGCAGGCGACGCGACGAACCGGACCAACCAUGCCCGCACAGCUCGCGCAGCCCGCACAGCCGCCAGCACCGCCCUUCAGGGGCCGCUGCCAGUGCGGCCACAUCCAAUACACGCUCACCGCCCGUCCGCGCCGCGUCAUCCAAUGCCACUGCACCGACUGCCAGCGGACGGGGGGCAGUGACUACCAGGUUAUGGCCGAAUACCGCGUCGAGGACGUCGUCGUGGAGGACCCUCUCUCGCACUGGAAGAUCUACACCAUCCGCGAAGGCACGCGCAGCGGCCAGCCCAAGGAGAAGCACUUUUGCGGUCACUGCGGGUGCGUGCUCUGGACGGUGGCCAUGAAGGACCGGGGCGAGCUGCGGCUGUGCAGUUUAAGUGAGGAGGGUGAGGAGGGUGAGGAGGAUGACGAGGAUGACGAGGAUGACGAGGAUGACGAUGACGAUGACGAUGAUGACGAUGAUGACGAUGAUGACGAUGAUGACGAUGAUGACGAUGACGAUGAUGACGGUGGCGGCGACAAAAACAACACCAUAGACACAGCAUAG